GACGCCCUUGUUGCCAUAUUGCUUGUGGGCAGGCACCUGAGGCUGACGGUUGGAGAACCCGGCAUCGCGAUUCUGCAGUCCUCGAUCUCAGACUUCGUCAUCCUGGUCUGCAUGACUUUCUGAGAUUCUGAGUUUCGGUCCUGAGUUCCUGCAUUUGGAGACCACACUCCGGCUCCGCGAGGCCUGUGCCGGGGGAUCUGCCACCCCGCGUCCAUGACCAAGCCCUACGAGUAAUCUGCCUGCCUUCGGGUCCACCCAGGGGAACGAACGUCAGGGUCCUGACUGUCCGCAAAGCAAGUGCUGUGAAGAUUGCUCUAGGAAAAAGGAAGGAUGCCCCUCUUCUUCCGGAAGCGGAAACCCAGUGAGGAGGCUCGGAAACGCCUGGAGUACCAGAUGUGUCUGGCAAAAGAAGCUGGGGCAGAUGACAUUCUUGAUAUCUCUAAAUGUGAGCUCUCAGAGAUUCCAUUUGGGGCUUUUGCAACAUGCAAAGUUCUUCAGAAGAAGGUGUUGAUUGUCCACACGAAUCACCUCACUUCCCUGCUUCCUAAAUCCUGCAGCCUCCUGAGUCUGGCAACCAUCAAGGUUCUAGAUCUUCAUGAUAAUCAGCUGGUAGCCCUUCCUGACGAUAUAGGGCAGCUGACAGCCCUCCAGGUCUUGAACAUGGAGAGGAAUCAACUGACGUAUCUCCCACGUUCCAUUGGGAACCUGAUCCAGCUCCAGACCCUCAGUGUGAAAGACAACAAGCUGAAGGAGCUUCCAGACACCUCGGGGGAGCUUCGGAGCCUGCGUACUCUGGACAUCAGUGAAAACGAGAUUCAGAGGUUGCCACAGAUGCUGGCACAUGUUCGAACCCUGGAGACUCUGAGCCUCGAUGCGGCAUCAAUGGUUUAUCCUCCGCCAGAAGUAUGCAGCGCCGGCACCAAGGCCAUCCAGCAGUUCCUCUGCAAAGCCUCAGGGCUGGAAUACUACCCCCCUUCUCAGUACCUGCUGCCAGUCCUGGAGCAAGAUGGGGCGGAGAACUCCCGGGACAGCCCCGAUGGGCCCACGGACAGAUUCUCCAGGGAGGAGGUAGAGUGGCAGAAUAGGUUCUCAGACUAUGAGAAGAGAAAGGAACAGAAGAUGCUGGAGAAACUCGAGUUUGAAAGGCGCCUAGAGCUCGGGCAGCGAGAGCAUGCCCAGCUCCUGCAGCAGAGCAACAGUCAGAAGGACGAGAUCCUUCAGACGGUCAAGGAGGAGCAGUCCCGGCUGGAGCAGGGCCUGAGCGAGCGCCAGCGCUACCUGGACGCAGAGCGCCAGCGGUUGCAGGAGCAGCUGAAGCAGACGGAGCAGAACAUCUCCAACCGGAUCCAGAAACUCCUGCAGGAGAAUCAGAGGCAGAAGAAAAGUUCUGAGAUUCUGAAGUCACUGGAAAAUGAAAGAAUAAGAAUGGAGCAGUUGAUGUCCAUAACCCAGGAGGAGACAGAGAACCUGCGUCGCCGGGAGAUUGCCUCUGCCAUGCAGCAGAUGCUGACCGAGAGUUGUAAGAACCGGCUCAUCCAGAUGGCUUACGAGUCUCAGAGGCAGAACUUGGUCCAGCAGGCCUGUUCCAGCAUGGCUGAGAUGGAUGAGCGGUUCCAGCAGAUUUUGUCAUGGCAACAGAUGGAUCAGAACAAAGCCAUCAGCCAGAUCCUGCAGGAGAGCGCCAUGCAGAAGGCCGCGUUUGAGGCUCUCCAGGUGAAGAAGGACCUGAUGCAUCGGCAGAUCAGGAACCAGAUUAAGUUAAUAGAAACUGGGUUAUUGCAGCUGACACAGCUGGAGUUAAAGAGGAAAUCCCUGGACACAGAGGCACUACAGGAGAUGAUCUCCGAGCAGCGCUGGGCCCUCAGCUCCCUGCUCCAGCAGCUUCUCAAAGAGAAGACACAGCGAGAGGAAGAGCUCCGGGAGAUCCUGACAGAGUUAGAAGCCAAAAGCGAAACCAAGCAGGAGAAUUACUGGCUGAUUCAGUAUCAACGGCUCUUGAACCAGAAACCUUUAUCCCUGAAGCUGCAGGAAGAAGGCCUGGAGCGCCAGCUGGUGGCCCUCCUGGUGGAGCUGUCGGCUGAGCACUACCUGCCUGUCUUCGCUCAUCACCGCAUCUCACUGGACAUGCUGAGCCAGAUGGGCCCCGGGGACCUGGCCAAGGUGGGCAUCUCGGAGGCUGGCCUGCAGCACCAGAUCCUGCGCAGAGUCCAGGAGCUGCUGGAUGCGGCCAGGACCCAGCCAGAGCUGCUGAAACCACCCAAGGGUGAAGUCCUUGGGGCCCCUGAGCCCCCCUCUGCCCCUGAGGAGCUUCCUGAGUUAGUGAGACCAUCAGCUCCCCCUGCAGAGCUGGAGGUGCAGACCUCGGAAUGUGUUGUGUGCCUGGAACGGGAGGCCCAGAUGAUCUUCCUCAACUGCGGCCACGUCUGCUGCUGCCAGCAGUGCUGCCAGCCGCUGCGUACCUGCCCGCUGUGCCGCCAGGACAUCGCCCAGCGUCUCCGCAUCUACCACAGCGGCUGAGCGCCGGCCGGCCACCCGCCCACCCGGGCCCGGCGCCCCCAGCCCCACCCCUGCACCUGCAGGCCCAGGGCUCCAGCUCACCCCAGUUCUCGACAGACUAGUAUGCCCCCCCACCCCCUGUCCUGGGCCUUGUCCCCACAGCCUGGGAGGGUGCCCGACCCUUGAUCUCCAAGCACGCCCAAGCCAGAUGGGGAUAGGAAUGCUCCUGACCAGUGACACAGCGGGUCUGAAUACUGUGGGGGAGAGGGGACCCCUCGUUGCACAAGGACUGGGCCUGAGGUAUAGGGAGGCGGCUAUGCCCCAGCCUGUGAGGCUCUGCCACUCCCUGUGGCAGUAACAGCCCCUCCGGGAGCCUCGGUGUCCUCAUCAGGGCAGCACGGACAGUGCCAUCCCACUCGCCGGGGUGGCAGGAGUGCAGGAGGGCCCUGGCCAAGGGGAAGGGAGACCACCCUGGCCUGUCCUCAGAUUGGCCAGAGUGUUUGGUGCAGGCCUUGGGCCACAAGCGACGUCGUCCCCUCCUCGGCUCCCCUUCUCCUGCUCCCCAGCGCUCUGGGCCCCCCUGCUCUGCAGAUCUGCACUCCUCACCCCACGCAGCUCACAGGCAGGCACUGAGCUUUGCAGACCCUAAGUGGGAAUGUCAAUAAACCCACCUCCAGCCUGC